AUGACAGUGCAGUUCGCAGCUUCAGUGACGGUUAGCAGUGAGGUGGUCGAGGGGGGCGCUCCCCAGAACACACCAGCGAGUCCUGCAGAUAGCUGGAGAGGGGAUAAUGCUGAAGCUGAAGCAGCAGCAGGGGGAUUGGGGACAGCUGCUGCAGUGGCGGUUAGCAGUGGGGCGUUUGAGGCGGGUAUUUGCCAGAGCCCGCCUCUCUCUGAGACAAUUCAAGCAGCGUUUGACAGGGGUGCACCGGAAGAAGCAGCAGGGCGGGUGGGAGGGAUAGGCCGAGAGCAAAUGGAGGAGGAAGCUUCGGGGCGCUUUCCUGGUGAUGACUUGUGUGGGUCCGUGGAGGAGAGGGAGCUUUUUGCAUGGAAGGGGCCGGGUUCCUCAGCAUUACCACUACGGCAAGCCCUGCUCGCAUCACUCGGAACAAUCACCACCAUCUCUCUCAUCCUCAUACUCUCUGCUGCUCUUGCUCUCACCCUCCCAGUCCUCCUCUCCUCCCUCAUCUCCUCCCUCCCGUCCCUUCCUUUCCUCUCAACUUCCUCACAGUAUUCUUCCUCUCAAUCCUCCUCCUCUCAAUCCUCCUCCUCUCAAUUCUCCUCCUCCACCUCUCCAUCUGGGGAUGAUCGGCGCCUCAUGCCCGCCUCUGCGUCUCUCACGCUAACCAGAGUGUUAGCGCUCGUUUGUGUCACACCCUUGCUCGCCUUCUUUACGAGGUACAUGUUUCCACGGCCUUUUUCGUAUAAUUUCCAUCGCAAGUUCAGUUGUGUUGCUCUUAUUGAGUGA